AUGGUGAUUGGGUGGAGAGUGGGGGAGGAGGAGCUGGCCCACGUGCCCUACCCCGCUUCUCGGUACCCCGUAGAGGUCAUGGUUCAGAGGUCACAGGACUUCUACAGCCUGAUGAACCAGAGGAGGUCUGUCCGCUUCCUCAGCCCCGAGCCCGUUCCACGACAGGUCAUCGACAACGUAAUCCGCACUGCAGGCACAGCCCCCAGUGGAGCCCACACAGAACCCUGGACGUUUGUGGUGGUGUCAGACCCAGAGGUGAAGCACCAGAUCAGGCUAGUGGUGGAGGAGGAGGAGGAAGUCAACUACCGUCAGAGGAUGGGGGACAAGUGGGUCAGUGACCUGCAGAGACUCAGGACUAACUGGGUGAAGCAGUAUCUUGAUGUGGCUCCCUACCUCGUGUUGAUAUUUAAACAGACGUACGGCAUCGUAGCUGGAGGACAGAAGAGGACUCAUUACUACAAUGAGAUCAGUGUGUCCAUCUCCUGUGGCCUGCUAUUGGCCGCGCUGCAGAAUGCAGGUCUGGUGACGGUGACGACGACGCCCCUCAACUGCGGCCCCCAGCUCAGGCUGCUCCUCGGUCGGCCAGCCAAUGAGAAGCUGCUGAUGCUUCUUCCUGUCGGUUACCCCGCCCCCGACGCCACCGUGCCCGACCUCACCCGCAAGCCACUUGACGACAUCGUGGUGCACCUGUGACAUCAUCACUAAGGGCCCGGUCGAGUGACAUCCUAGAUGUAAGGGUACCUUCUGUCCUCGUCUCCUCCCAGUCAUCUGCAAUGAUUUGUAAAGUAGCAACAGUCAUCAAAAUGUUUACUAUUCUAAUAAAAUGCAACAAUUGGACAAUAAAUGAAGAUACUCCAAACUUUUUGAAUUUUUAUAAUCCAUCAGAUAUCAACUGAAUUAUAGCACACAUAAAACGUUUUACUGGCACGGACAAAUAAUAUUCAGGGAUUUUGUUGGAAAUUCAGGUAUUCAAUUUAUUGUUAAAUUUCACUUUUUUCUUCUUCUUAGAAUGCAUGUUCUAAUGGUAUCAGGUAUUUGUUUGAAACUUUUUUGUGUUAAAAUAAAGAAAAUGGUAUUACCUCAUUUGCAUAAACA